AAAAGAUUCUUCCGUAUAGAAAAAACAACGCGUGUUUGUGUGUGUGUAUAUGUAUAUGUAUGUAUACAUAUAAUUUAAAAUUAUCAAAAACAAAUUUGAAAUAUUAAGGAUGGAUGAUGAUGAUAAUAAUUGAUUGAGUGCGAUUUUAUUUCUUCUUCUUCUUUUUUUCUUCUUCUCUCUCUCUCUUUCACUCAUAUGUUUGUAUAGUUUUGUAUGACGCUUUCGAAAAUGUGUGUGCGUGUGUGUGUAUAAAACAAUAGAAUUUUGAAUACAAGCAAACGAACAACAAUAAUAAAGAAAAUUGACUAAAAUAAAUUUAAAUAUUUGCCUUAUUCUAUUUGUUUUUUUACUCACGUCAUGUUCUAUUAUUGAAGAUAUAUAUAUAUAUAUUUAUAUAGUGAUAAUGUUUUUAUUGAGUGUACUUCUCAGUUAUCUUUUUGGAUGUAUAUCAAUAAUUGCUUUGUUAGUAUAUUUAUAUGUAUAUUAUGGAUUGGAUUUACGAGAAAUAAUUGCUGAACGAGAACAAUAUCAAGAUUUUUAUCCAUUAUCUGAAAAUGAACAAUCGAAAAAUUCUACAAUUGAUACUGUAAAUUAUAUAAUGCAAUUUUUAUUUCAAGAAAUGAAAGAUACAUCAAGAAUAAGACGUUAUAUAACAAAUAAAUUAAAAAUUGAAUUUACUGAAUUAAAAAAUACUCGAAUAGGAAAAUUAUUUCUACAAGAUAUUAUCAUACAAAGUUUUUCUCUUGGAAAAGAAUGUCCAGUACUUAGUGAUAUUCAAUUUGAACAACAAGAACGAGAUGAACGUGGUUUAAUUAAAGAAUUCGUAACUAAACUUCAUAUUGAUUAUAAAGAUGGAUUUUCUGUUAUGCUUGAUAUUAAACUUGCAUUUAAUCAAACAUGUCAAUUAUCUAUAAAAAUCAAACGUAUUCAAGGACGUUUACGUUUAGAAUUUCGACGUGAACCAUUUUCACAUUGGUUACUUGUUUUUCAAGAUGAACCAUUAAUUGAUUUAGACAUUAAAUCUUAUUUAUCAUCUCGUGAAAGUUCUCAACUCGCACAUAUUAUUGAUCAACGAAUACGUCAUACUAUACGACGUAAACAAAUAUGGCCUAAUUAUAAAAUUCGUUAUCGACCAUUUUUUCCUACUUCACAACAACCUUUAUCAACCGAAGCUUCAUCAGUUAUUAAUAGUAAUCUUAUACUCGGUAAAUUUCAUAUUGAAAUACAACAUUGUGAUCGACUUUCAAUUCCAUAUGCAAUAUUUAAUAAAGAAAAUUCGUCAUCAUUAUUUAUUUUUUUAACAAUUGGUAUAAAUAAGCAAAUGUGUAAAGAUUAUUUACGUAUUAAUCGUGAUCAAUGGAUAAAACAAGAAAUUGAAUUUAUACCGAAUGUACAUAAAAUUCGUCUCAAAGAAGUUUUAUAUAUGGAUCAUAUUGAAAUUUUAAUUGAAGAACUUGAUGCAAUACCGAAUGAAAUCGAAGAUUUAAACGCAUUUAAACAAGCUUUACAAGAUAAAAAUAUUUUUUUACUUCAAAUUCAAAAUCAAGAAAUUAAACAAUUAGAACAAACAAAUCUUUUAUUAAAGCCGAAAUCAACUAAUAAAAAUGAACGAAAAAUAAAAAUUGUAGUUGGUAUACCUUUAUUACAUUAUGUUCAAGUACCAUAUGUAAAUGAAACAAUAAAAACGGUAGAGAAUGAAGAAUUAUUAACUACAGUACAACAACCAAUUCAAGACGUUGAUCCAUCAAUAGAACAUCAAAAGAAUUCUUCUGUAGAUAUGAUAAAUUUAAUAAUGAUGAAUGCUGACAUGCUACCAGAAUUUCAAGCUAAAGCAACUCUUACUCGAAAACCUGCAACGUAUGUUGAAUUUAAGGAUAAAUUCGAAUUUCCAGCAAAUGAAAAUGAUCAAUAUCUUAAUAUUUGUUUAUGGUGUAAACCAACACUCGAUUUUGAUAUGCCAAGUAUGAACAAAAAACUUAUACUACUCGGCUAUACUACAAUCUCUCUUUCUGAAGUUGUAUUGGAUGCGCAUAUGAGUUUCAAACGUGAAACUCAAAUGACACUUAAUUUUCAAUCUCCUAAUACAAAACAAUCUAAUUUAAAAGAUUAUAUUAAAGAUCCAAUUCGUAAAAAUCUGGUUGAAUUAAGUAAACAUAAGAACUAUGAUGAUAAUAUGGCUCAUGGUUUUGUUACUGUCAAUAUUAGACAUGAACCAAAAAUUGAGAAGAAAUUAAAUCAUGAAUCAGAAAAAGAAGAAAUAUCGAGUAUGGAAACAAUUAAAAUUCAAAAUGAACCAUUAACAACAAUUAAUGAAGAACAGAAGUUAUCUUCAUCAAAAUCUACAAAUCAUUUAUUUGAAGAUCAACAAUUUAGUGUAGGUACAUGUUAUUUUUGUAGUAAAACAAUUUGGAUGAAAUCUGCUCGACAAUGUCGGACUUGUUUAGUAACAGUACAUAAAAAAUGUGAAUAUAAAUAUAAUCGUGAAAGUAUUUGUACACAAGAAUCUAUUCGUUCAAAAUCUGCAAUUCUUGAAGAAAAUCAGUUAAUUGAGGAUAGUGAUUCAAUUUCAAAUAUAGAUCAAACAAGAGAAAAACGCUCGUUAACUAGUUCACUAAUAGAUACACAUUCUCCAGUUGAUACAUUAAUACGUCAUUCCGGACGUUUAUUUGGAAAUAAAUCUCCUAAUCGACCAUCAACUAUCCCAGGAUUAUUAAAACAUGAUGAAUUCGAUAAUUCUCAUACAGGAAAACGGUCCGUAUCAAAUCCGUCAUCUUCAAAAAUAGUUAAUGCUGCUUCAUCAGCUUAUAAUAAAUUACUUGAUUUUAAAACAAAACGAUCAACAUUAGAAUCAAAAAAACCACGAUCAUCAUCAGUAACUGAAAAUAUUUCCGAAGAUGAUUUACAAGAUAUUAUAAAAAAAUGUUUAAGCGAAGAAAAUGUUGAUAUGACAAGUCUUGAAAAUUUAUUUCGUGAAAAAGCUGUUGAUCGUACAGCACUUUAUGCAAAAGUAAAUAAAUUUGGAUCCGAAUUAUUUCUUGAUUUACCAUUAGAAGAACGAAAACAAAAACUUGAAAAUGAAAUUUCUCGUGUACAACAUGAAAUUGAAUUACAAAAUCGAAUUCGUGAUGAAUUAAUUCUUGAAUAUAAUGAUCAUUCAACAGAUGAAAAUAGAAAAAAGAAAAUUGUAGCAGCAAUUAUGAAAGUUGAUGAAAAAGUCCAAGCAUUUGGUGCAUUAACACUUCUUUAUUGUACAGGUUUUAAACAUUGUUGUUCUCCAAUUGAAAUAAAAGAUGAUCAUCCUAACAUCAAUAGUAAAUCAUCAUUCGAUGAUAAAUCGUGA